AGAAAACAGAAAUUCUCUCCGAUCCCAAAUCCCAAUUUAACCGCUAAAUUGUCCUUUUUCUCUUUCUACCUCAGCACUCAGCAGCAAUGGCGGCAGCGGCAGAGGACCAUUCUCUCUCCACUCCCCUCCUCUCCUCCGACCAGCCCCACGUCAUCGUCACAGUCCAAGACGGACCAGAUCUGCCUCAACCCGAAACCGAUCUAUUUCAAUCGGGAGAUGACAAUCGCCGCAAUCCCUACGCGUUUAUCGGGGCCCACGACGAAUUCGAGGUGCCCGGAUCCUCCACCAUCGACCCCUUCCGCAACCACACCCCAAACGUCGAGGGCUUCUACGAGUGCCUCAAGAUACUCAUCUGCUUGCCUAUCGCGCUGCUCCGCCUUGUGCUCUUCGGCCUGUCUUUGACAGUCGGCUACUUGAUUACUCGCCUGGCGCUGUGUGGCUGGAAGGACCGGCAGAAUCCUAUGCCUAAGUGGCGCUGUCGGCUCAUGUGGGUCACCCGCUUUUGUGGUCGGGCUAUCCUUUUCUCCUUUGGCUACCAUUGGAUAAGAAGAAAAGGAAAACCUGCUCCAAGGGAAAUUGCUCCUAUAGUUGUGUCUAAUCAUGUAUCAUAUAUUGAUCCGAUUUUCUUUUUCUAUGAAUUAUUUCCCACCAUAGUGUCUGCGGAUACACAUGAUUCAAUGCCUUUUGUUGGGACCAUAAUCAGAGCAAUGCAGGUUAUUUAUGUUGAUAGAUUCUCGAAGUCAUCGAGGAAGCAUGCUGUAAAUGAAAUCAAGAGAAAAGCUUCAUGCAAUCGGUUUCCUCGUGUGCUUUUAUUUCCUGAGGGAACAACAACCAAUGGCAGAGUUCUUUUAUCAUUCCAAAUUGGUGCAUUCAUUCCUGGCUAUCCUGUUCAGCCAGUUGCUGUUCGUUACCCCUAUGUUCACUUUGACCAGUCAUGGGGAAAUAUCACACUUGCCAUGUUAAUGUUCAGAAUGUUUACGCAGUUCCACAAUUUCAUGGAGGUAGAAUAUCUUCCGCUUGUUUAUCCUAAUGAGAAUCGGAAGGAAAAUGCAGUUCAUUUUUCUCAGAGGACUGGGCGUGCCAUUGCAAGUGCCCUCAAUGUAGCACAGACGGCUCACUCAUAUGGAGACUUUAUGCUUCUUUCUAAGGCUGCUGAGUCAAAGCAGGAAAACCCGUCGCUGUACAUGGUAGAACUGGGCUGGGUACAAUCGUCGUUGCAUCUGAGUGUUGUGGAAGCAGUUGAGUUUUUGGAGAUAUUUCUGUCGAUGAAUCCAGAUCCCAGUGGGCUUGUUGAAUUCCGUGAUUUUCUAAGAGCUCUGAGACUGAAACCUUGUGGUCUUUCUGAGAAGAUGUUUGAUUUUAUUGAUGUGCAGAAGAUGGGUAAAAUAACAUUUAAGCAGUUCUUGCUAGGUUCAGCCCACAUUUUGAAGCAGCCUCUGUUUCGGAGGGCAUGUGAUGUGGCAUUUGGUGAAUGUGCAACAAGUGGGAAUGAUCAUAUUUUGAAGCAAGAGUUACAAGAUGCAGUUUCACUAUCAAUUCCAAGCUUAAAUACUGAGGAGAUUCAUGGGCUUUUUAGGUUGUUCGACGUGGAUAAUGACGAUAGGGUCAGCAGGGACGAUUUUAUCUCCUGUUUGAGACGGCAUCCUUUGCUCAUAGCACUUUUUGCACCCAAAUUGCUGCACAGAGGUUCGUCCAUAGCUGAUCAAAAUUUAGUAGAGGAAGUCUUGUAACGACUCAUCCAUCCGGAGAGUAAUGCUAUUGUUUUAUUAGUGGUUAUGCUAUCUACAGAGGAGACUGUAAUGCAGCCCUCAUAGUCAAAUUUCCUAAAAUUUUGUAACCUUUAUUUGUGAGAAGAGCUUUUUUUUUUAAAAUUUUAUUAUGGCAUAACAGUGUCUGUAAAUUUGGCAUGUCUUAAGGAAUUACUGUAAAGUAGCAGAGCAGAUGAGAUUUGAUGGGGGAGAAUUAAUGUUGAAAUUGGUGGACAAAAAUGGUGUAAUGGUGGUGGAGCCCUUGGAUCAUUGUUUGCUACCAAAUGCCAUAAAUUUUGUUGUCUCUCCAAAUGGGCCAACUUAUUA